AUGGACGCAUCGACCGAGCCAAUGCCAUCCCUCGAGGCACGUCUCAGUGUCAUCGACUGGAGCCGACUCCAGGGCAACGACGCCGGCGAGAGGAACAAACUCGUCGCGGCAUGCGAGGAUCAAGGCUUCUUCUACCUCGAUCUGAGCUGCGACGAGGCCUUUUUGAAAGAUUGGCAAGGUGUCCUCGACUUCAUGGCAGAGUACUUUCAUCAGGACGUAGGCGACAAGAUGAAGGACGAUCGUAAGAGCGACACGCACGGAUACGAGCCGGUCGCAACCUCAACCGGCGCAGACGGAAAUCAGCUCGACUACUACGAGUCCCUCAAGGCCUCCAGGGAUGAGUUGCUGCGACGAGAUGGCCGUCUCGCGCCGUCCAUCAAAGAAAACCACGAGCUCUUGCUGCGCUUCACCAGCGCCGCGCAGCAUGUGUGCAUGAGCAUCCUCGGCCACCUCGACAUUGGUCUCGACGGCGACACGUCCUCCAAGCUGGUCGACUUCCACCGACAGGGACGGGAAUCUCUCACGACGCUCUCCAUGUUUCGCUACCCCAAGCAGGACACCUUCGCCCUCGGCGUCGGCCACAACAAGCACACCGACAUUGGCACCUUGACUUUCCUCCUCUGCCGGCAGUGGGGACUCCAAGUGCUGUCCAAGGAGCCCGCCGGAUGGCGGUUCGUCGCUCCCAUGCCGCGCCAUGCCAUCAUCAACGUCGGUGAUACUCUGCGCUUCCUCUCCGGCAACCGGCUGCGCUCGGCCGUCCACAAAGUCACUCCCACCCGGGGGCUUCAGCACGAAGACCGUUACAGCAUUGCCUACUUCUUGAGAGCGGAGAACGACAUCCACUUUACCGACAGUGUCGGGCGCCGAAUCUCGGCAAAGCAAUGGCAUGAUGAGAAGUUUGACGUGUUCAGGGAGACGCACGAGAAGCAGGCGCAGAUGCCCAUCUUGACAGGCGGCAUGGAGCGGAUGGAAAGCAUUGUAGUUUAG